CCAGGCUGCCGUCCUCCAAACCGUGCUUGAGUAUAAAGAGCAAAGCAGAACUGCAGCCAAGAAACUCUCAAAAGCUGCUUCCAGUGCCUGCUGGGAUUCCAAGGCUGGUUUUAUUCUUCCCCUGCUGGAACUUGCUGCUCCAAAGACAAGAGGGGAGCUGGACUCAGCUAACUACACUGGAGGAUUAAUUACAUUGCCACGGUUUCCAUGUGAUACUGGAUUGAUUUUUUUAAUUUUUUUUUUUUUUUUUUUUUUUUUUGAGCACGAUUGAGCUGGGGUUUUUUUCACCCUCCACUCUUCUCUUUCAUCUUUUUUUUUUUUUUUUUUUUUUUUUUCUGCGCCCCACACAGCGGAGAUGUUGCAAACAGUCUGCGUGAGUCCUGAGCUCCUUGUGAACCAAACCAUGAGUGAAAGUGAAAUCUGUGGCUACAGCCCAGGCCAGGGAUCUCCACUGCCUGGAGAAACUGCCAGUCCCAAGAGCUGCUUCCAGCAGAGCCCAUCUCUGCCAGAUUCUGGAUUAACCGAGCUCAACGUUGCGAGUCCCAAGAUCUACCACCCUCCUCCUCCUCCAUGCAAACCUCCAGGGAUGCCUGCUCCUGCUGACUCUGAACUUAGCUCUGAUCCCCCUCAGAAGCGCUACAUGGGUGUGAGAGUGAAGAUGCCCGUGCGGGAAUUGCUGAGGAAAAUCCGACUUUCCAAAGGCUUGGACCCAGCUCCCGGCAAGGAAGCCUCAUCAGUGAAGAUGGCAACCAAAGGAUCCUCAGGAAAAACAGCAGAGAAGAGGAGAACUCACCCUUAUACAGAGAAACAGCUUAGACAGGGCAAGCAGGGCACCGGGCAAACCCCCAAAGGCUUGGAGGACCUCGACAUCCUGGUGGAGGUGCUGCAGGAGGAUCUGAACAAGAGCCAGCUCAGGGAGGAGCCUCAGCAUCCCGUGCCAGGCGGGUUCUGGCAGGGAUUCUCCACGGAUCUGCGGAGCCGCCGGUGGGAAAGCGCGGGGAGCCAGGAGGCGGCUGGGGGCCUGCAGGGAAAGGAGCACAGCCCGGCAGAGCUUCACCCCGAGUCCUGCUGGAAAGAAUUCCAGCCCCUCCUGCGGGCACAGGCACAGCCUUCCUUCCACGGAGAGCGCGAAAGCAUCCCGAGGUCCGGAAUGUUCUCCGGGACGGGCGACAAAGGGAGCGGCUGGGGGAGGCAGGAUGCUCUCCUGAGCUCCCAGGAAGGUUUUCCGAGGAAUUCUCCAGCCCAGGAAGGUUUCCCAUGGAAUUCUCCAUCCCGGGAAGGUUUUCCGAGGAAUUCUCCAGCCCGGGAAGGUUUUCCGAGGAAUUCUCCAGCUCAGGAAGGUUUCCCAUGGAAUUCUCCAUCCCGGGAAGGUUUCCCAUGGAAUUCUCCAUCCCGGGAAGGUUUUCCGAGGAAUUCUCCAUCCCGGGAAGGUUUCCCAUGGAAUUCUCCAGCCCAGGACACUCCUGCACUCCCCAGCCCUGCAGAGCUGCUGCCGGAAGCUCGCAGGGGCUCUCCAGAUGUGGAGGGACAUUUGAGGCUGCCCCCAAAUUCCUUCACCCAGCAGGACCUCUCUGCCCUCUCCUUCUUCCAGUUCCAGCUGCACAGGGAGGAGAAUUUGCUGAGGAACAUCCCGGAGGAGAAAUUGCUGGCUCCUGAUGAAAAUGGCAACAGGCUGCUGCACAAAGCUGUUGCCCAGGGAAGGAGGGCUCUGACUUUUGCCCUGGCCCAGAGAUUUGCAUCCCUCAACAAGAUCGAUGAGAAGGAUGCAGAGGAAAGGACUGCUUUACAUCUUGCUGCAGAAAAGAACCAGCACCUGAUGGUGAGUGACCUGAUCUCCCUGGGAGCCAAUGUCAACGAGCAGGAUAGAUCUGGGAAAACUCCCCUCCACCUGUGUGCGGAGAAUGGAUACCUGAGGGUCCUGCAGGUCCUGAAAAGCUGCAAGGACGGCGGGGUGCGCGUGGACGUGGAUCUGCCUGACCGCAGCGGUUUCACUGCCCUGCAGCGCGCUGCUCUUGCCCACGCGGUGCUGGGGACAGAAUCCCGGAGCGCAGCCGGGGACAGCAGCGCGGGGAGGCUCCUCCGGCUGCGGGAAGAGCAAAUCCGGGAGGGAAUUCUCUGCCUGCUGCAGAUGGGAGCGGAGCCCCGGCUGCAGGUUCUGAAUUCGUGUCCGACCUCCCCUGCCUGCCCCGGACUGCGGGAGAGAGCAGAGCUCGUGGGUUUGCUCCAGACUCAUAAACGCCAGGAUGUUCUGCAGGAGGUAAGUAGCCUGCCGGAUGCUCCCAGAGCAAUCCCCGCUCCCCCGGCAGCAGAACAUUUACCUGAGCUUUGCUCCUUGCCAUCCUCGGAGCUCCUCCAUGUCCUUCUCAAAGGUAUUUUGUGCUACAAGCGCGGCUCAGGAUUUUUGGGGGUUUUUUGUGACCCGGGGGUGGCUCAGUCCAGUCCCUGCUCUGCCGCCCCACAGAAUCGCUUGGGGUAGAAGAGAAACCCAAAAUCUCUGAGCUCCAACUUCCACAGCCUGGAGCUGAUGGAGAAGAUGCUCAGCACCUCAUCCCAACCUCUGGGUUGGCUCCAGAAUUCUUUUUUUUUUUUUUUUUUUUUUUCUCAUAAGCCUCGCUGCUCACCCAAAGGCAGCCAGAAAAUGGGGGGAUAAAUAACCUGGCCUGGGGAUGGAGCUGACAUUUGCUGCUUUGUUUCCUUGCAGGGAAAUGCUGAGAAUUCUCAUCACCAGCUGCAGGAGAAUAA